AUGACUUUUGCUAUUAAAUUGAAGGAAUCAAAUGGUUCAUUCACUAAUCUACCAACACUCCAAACACUAAUCCCCUCUCUUCUCUCCCUUUGCAAUGCGUCGCUCACCUCCAAUACCGGUACCACCGCCGCCGAUUCCGCUGAAAACAUUCAAACUAAUGAGAGUAGAAUAGCUGGGAAUGUUGAAUCCAUGAACUCUACUGCUGAACUUGAACUACUUGCAACAUUGCCAUGGAUAGCAUUUCUUCAAGGGAAAGUCGUUGCACCUUCUAAGGAAGCAUUGAAAGAUGAUGAACAUUGGAUUAAGAUCCAAUAUGUAAACGGUGUCACAAUUGAUGGCACAGGCGGAGGAGGAAUCGACGGCAAUGGUUCUACAUGGUGGCCAUGCAAGAGUUGCUCUCGACCUAGGUAUUCUGCAUCUUGUGCUAAAAAUUCUCCAAUUACUAACGAUUAUAUUGUCUUUCUUUUUCUGCAAUGUGUUAGUAACUUGAAGUUUACUAAUAGCCCGAAACAACAUAUAACCUUAUCGGAUUGCAAUGGUGCGAAAUUCUCCAAUAUAGAUAUUCAAUCUCCUUCUUAUAGCCCUAACACCGAUGGAUUUGAUAUUUCUACUUCCAAGAAUGUAUCAAUAGAAGACUCUACUAUUCAAUCAGGUGAUGAUUGUAUUGCCGUCAAAGAAGGUUCCUCUUACAUCAGCGCUACUCGUAUUGCUUGUGGACUAGGUCAUGGGAUAAGCAUUGGUAGCCUUGGUAUAAAUGAGUCUUAUCAGACAGUUGAAGAAGUUUAUGUACAUAAUUGUAGCUUCACUAACACUACAAAUGGAGCUAGAAUCAAGACAUUUCCUGGUGGAUCGGGUUAUGCAAGAAAUAUAACUUUUGAGCAAAUCCAACUUUCAAAUGUUAAGAAUCCAAUAGUUAUAAACCAAUUCUACAGAGCUAAAAAGAGAGCUAAACACUAUGACAUUAAAGUGGAAAAGGAAUCAUCCGUGCAAGUGACUAAUGUGACAUAUCGUGGAUUUAAUGGAAGUUACAUUGGUGACUUAGCUAUUAAUCUGAAUUGCACGAGUUGUUUCAAUAUUGUAUUAGAUCAAGUUUACAUUUUAUCUUCUCAAGAUAAAAAAAGAGGUUAA